AUGACAGCUGAAAAACUUCAAGUUGCUUUCACAGAUAUUUUAAAGGCUCAUCAAAGAAUUUCUCCGUAUAUCCACAAGACUCCUGUAUUUAAAAACUCAAAGAUUAAUGAUUUGGUCCAUAGAGAAUUGUAUUUCAAAGCAGAAAAUUUGCAGAAAACCGGAUCAUUUAAGGCUAGAGGUGCUUUGAAUGCAGUCUUACAACUCAAAGAAAAGCAGACCAAUUUGAAAGGAGUGGUAACUCAUAGUAGUGGAAACCAUGGUCAAGCUACAGCUUGGGCGGCAAGGACUACUGGGCUGCAGUGUAGUAUUGUGGUACCAAGUUAUUCUCCUGCUGUUAAAAUGGAGGCAAUAAAAGAAUAUGGUGCUGAAUUGGUUGAAUGUGGACCAUUACCUACUGACAGGAAUGCUGCUUGUGAGAAAAUUGCAGCAGAGAAAAAGUAUGAAAUGAUUCCACCCUUUGAUCAUUAUCAUGUUAUUGCUGGACAGGGUACAAUAGCAGUUGAAUUUUUGGAAGCAGUACCCAAUUUAGAUGCUAUCUUAGUACCUAUUAGUGGUGGAGGUAUGAUAGCUGGUAUUGCUGUAGCUGCUAAACAUAUCAAACCUAAUAUUAAAGUCUAUGCAGUAGAACCAGAAGGAAAGAUCUUAGAGAAAAGUCUGCGAGCUGAAGAAAUGUUAUGGCCUAAUCCACCACAAUAUCUCAAUACUAUCGCUGAUGGUAUACGUUUACAACAGACUGGUCACUUAACAUGGCCAUUCUUACUUCAACUUGUAGAGAAAGAAGUUUUCACUGUGAACAAUGAAGAAAUAAUAAAAGCGAUGAAAUUUGUUUUUCAAAGAAUGAAGCUGGUAAUUGAAGCUGCAAGUGGUGCAGCAGUAGCCGCUGCGAUGUCAGAUCAGCUGCAGAAACUAGAUAAGAAAAUACAACAUAUUGGUGUUAUUUUAUGUGGUGGAAAUGUGGAUAUAGAUAAAUUACCUUGGUUUUGAUGUUUGCAACCAAAUUCCAGGAAUUCGUCUUUAAAAUUCAAUCAACAUGAAUGAUGAAAAAUAAGUGUAGCAAUCAGAUCAGAAUUAACUGGAAUUUAUUAAUAUUUUUCUAUAUAUUUUUAAAUCUCGUAAUAUUUUUAUAAAUUUAAUUGAUUUUGAUAUGAAUGCAGAUUAAUGAAAAAAACAUUUUUUAUGAUAUUAAAACUAGAUCAAUUGAUAUUUUUAUAGAAAAGAGAAGCUAGUCGACCUGUUAAGACUAUGGUCAGCUUUUGAUUCAUUACAGUUGCUAUUAGGCAUAAUCUAAUUUACAGGUCAUUUGUUUUUGUAUUUGAUAUUAUUUUUAUGAUUGUACAGUAAUUGUUAUUAAAUCUUAUUAAAUUU